UCCAUCAGCUCCGCAUAUCUUGAUUUGUUUGAAAAUGGCGGACAGCGACAAGAAGCAGACGCCGAACGAAAAUAAUGACUCGAAUGGAAAAAGUCUCGAAGACUUCAUAACCGAACAUUACCAGCAACAAAAAGAAAAUGGACAGAUGGAUGCCACUGAGGAUAUUGAUGAUGUCCGGACUUCAAAUUUCUUUGAUAGAGCUAUCGCAGAGAGCAGAAGGAUGAACAAGGAGGUUGAUAAAUCACAAGCAAAACUGGACAAGCUGUCAGCAGAGUUUGGGGCAGAAAGACUUUCCGCUUGGCAGGCGGAGCAUGCUGCUGAAGUCCUGACACCAAAACAGAUAACCGCAAUAGGCCUGCAGCAAACCUGACACUAAAGGACCCAAUGAAGUUAACAUGUUAAACUGUUUAUGCAGUAGCAGUUCUGUUUGCCUUUGUAUACUUGUUCAUCAUGGUCUGUUUGUCAUAGUUGUUAUAUAUUUGCUAUAAAAUCAAUUUUCAUCUGAAAACAAUAUACAACUGAAUAUAUAAUCCUGUAUACAACUGUUUGUAUACAUAAUACAUCCAUAGAAAUUAUAAAUAUUUUAAAGGGCUUUCUAUAAUUAUUUCCAGCACCCUUUUUUUUUUAAUUUAAGAUAUUACAGCAUAUAAAUUCAAAGAUAACUGUAUAUAGCUUUAUUUCAUUUAUUUGGUCUAUAUAUGUCAAAUAUACAUGCUCUUUGCAAGCUAUAUAAAUUUAACACUUGAAAAGUCCAGGUCCACAAGUUUAUACAGUAUGAGCAUUGAACAAGUGACAAAUACAUUGUACAUGUACAAGUAUAUAUAUGUGUGUUAGAACUAGUGUGAACAGAGGUACACAACUGUAUCACAGGUGCCUGCAUCUAGAUUUAAUUAAAUUAAAAAAAUAUAUUAUUGGUCAUUCCACUGAUCAGUAGUAAAAUAUAAUUACUGUACAUGUAGUAUUACUUGAUACGGACAUCUGUGAUAUGAUUGUAACUUCACUGUGGAGCUGUGAUGUGACGGUGAGGAUACAGGCAUCUGUACCAGUGUCAGUGCAUGGAGCUGUGAUGUGAUGGUGAGGAUACGGGCAUCUGUACCAGUGUCAGUGGAGCUGUGAUGUGAUGGUGAGGAUACGGGCAUCUGUACCAGUGUCAGUGGAGCUGUGAUGUGAUGGUGAGGAUACGGGCAUCUGUACCAGUGUCAGUGGAGCUGUGAUGUGAUGGUGAGGAUACGGGCAUCUGUACCAGUGUCAGUGGAGCUGUGAUGUGAUGGUGAGGAUACGGGCAUCUGUACCAGUGUCAGUGGAGCUGUGAUGUGAUGGUGAGGAUACGGGCAUCUGUACCAGUGUCAGUGGAGCUGUGAUGUGAUGGUGAGGAUACGGGCAUCUGUACCAGUGUCAGUGGAGCUGUGAUGUGAUGGUGAGGAUACGGGCAUCUGUACCAGUGUCAGUGGAGCUGUGAUGUGAUGGUGAGGAUACGGGCAUCUGUACCAGUGUCAGUGGAGCUGUGAUGUGAUGGUGAGGAUACGGGCAUCUGUACCAGUGUCAGUGGAGCUGUGAUGUGAUGGUGAGGAUACGGGCAUCUGUACCAGUGUCAGUGGAGCUGUGAUGUGAUGGUGAGGAUACGGGCAUCUGUACCAGUGUCAGUGGAGCUGUGAUGUGAUGGUGAGGAUACGGGCAUCUGUACCAGUGUCAGUGGAGCUGUGAUGUGAUGGUAUGGUGAGGAUACGGGCAUCUGUACCAGUGUCAGUGGAGCUGUGAUGUGAUGGUGAGGAUACGGGCAUCUGUACCAGUGUCAGUGGAGCUGUGAUGUGAUGGUGAGGAUACGGGCAUCUGUACCAGUGUCAGUGGAGCUGUGAUGUGAUGGUGAGGAUACGGGCAUCUGUACCAGUGUCAGUGGAGCUGUGAUGUGAUGGUGAGGAUACGGGCAUCUGUACCAGUGUCAGUGGAGCUGUGAUGUGAUGGUGAGGAUACGGGCAUCUGUGAUAUGAUUGUAACUUCAUUAUAUGUGGAGCUGUGAUGUGAUGGUGAAGAUACAGACGUCUGUGAUGCAAGUGUCAGUGGAACUGUGAUCAUGAUGUGACAGUGAAGAAACGUUACAGCACUUGCUGACAUAGAUGGAACUUGCCCUGUAUAGUUACUGUGUUGAAAAAAACAUGCAUGUACAACUGCUGUAGAGUAGAGAUGAAAUGCUGUAUAAUUAACAGACUCUGUGUACAAUAUUGACAAUGUUAUGAGACACUUAUCAAUGGGUAAAUAAGGAAAAUGUAGCAAAGGAAUGUACAUUAUUGUAUAUAUAAGCAACUAACCUGUUAACAAACAUGGCAAAUACAAUGCAAAGACACAUUAAUGUCAAGAUUCCUUUAUAUUUUAAAUACAUGUACAUACAUGUACAAUACAUGUACUUCAUUUUCUAAAGAUCUGGAUAUUUUUUUUAGAAUUUGAUACCAUUGAUGAUGAUUGUGCACGUGGUGCAAGAUGUAUCAUAGGGUCCUACCGUCCUAUAUGUAAGAAAUAUUUUUUUCUGAAAGUCAUUGUGAAUAUUGAUGAUGCUGCAUAUAUAGAAACAAAAAUGUUCUUGAAGUGAUAUAUACUUCUUUUUUUUUUAAGGCAAAACAGUUGUUUUAAUCAAAACAUCAAGCAAUUUCUUUUACGAUCGCUUACAGACAUUAUUUUUCCUCCAUAUUUUAAGACUGAUGCAUGAUGCAUUUUGUAGGGAC